CUUUGAUCUUCUUUCUUCUACUGCCAACAAAAAAAAAAACGAGUGCUUCAUAAUCAACAGAGAUGAAGAUGGACAAGAAGCUUAGUGUCUUUGAGCUACUAAAACGAGCUGUGAAGCUACUCUUGAGCAACAUCAAUCUUGCACUCAUCGUCUUCCUCUGUUCUCUUCCAUUGUUCUGUUUCUUGAUCUUCUUUGAGCUCUCCCUCCAAACAACCCUCUCUUUCACUUACCAAUUCCUCUCCAAACAAGUCAACGUUGAGAAGGAUUUGCCGGAGAAUGAUCUGUUUCUCCAAACCACCACCAACUAUCUCACUUACCAAUCUCUUUACCAACAACGUAAUAUUUGGGAGGACUUGUCCGAAAACGAUCUGAUUCCAUGGCUGAUCAAGACAUCUCUUCUCUACUUCUUUCCCUACACCAUUCUAGACCUCCUUACCACCACCACAAUCAUUGCAGCGUCUUCCACUGUUUACAUGUCCAAGGAAGAACCGUUGGGGUUGAUUGAUCUGGUACAUAGAUCUAUCAAGAUAUGUCAGAAGAGACUAGGAGGUUGUCUGGUCACAUCUCUUUAUGUUCUUCUCUUGUCAACCUCUGUGUUCCUUUUCUUCCUUCCCUUUUUUCUUUUGUCUUUCUUCGGUGUCUUCUCACAUUGGGCCGAAAAGUUAAACUUUGUUGGUAUCAUACACCAACCCCAAACCUUUCUCGACUUAGUACCGUUUCUGAUCUAUGCGAUGGUGGUCCUUGUUCAGGCUACUCUCUUCAUGUACCUGACUGCAAAGUUCAUUAAGUGGAGCGCAGGAUGGAACAUGAGUUUGGUAUUUUCUGUCUUAGAAGAAGAAGGAGAAGAUGGUGAAGAAGGCGUAUCUGGAAGCAAUGCUUUGUCUCUUUCAGCUUGGUAUCGAAAAGGACACGAGACGCGUGAUGUCUGGAUGAUGUUGAUGUUCUUGGUCUUUGCUCUAACGACGAGGAUGCCGUGUUUAUACUCAAAGUGCAGUUUAAGUUCAAGUGGGAACGGAGUGUUGUACACUGGUCUCUGUGUAGGUUUGAUUUGUGUUGGGAAUGUGGUUAAAUGGUUGGCCUGUGUUGUACGUUACCAUGAUUGUAAAACUAGGCCUUUGAGAAAGAAGGCUGAUGUAGAACAAGCUAAGCCUCCAGCUACUCAAGAGAGUUUCGCUGCCUGAGAUCCCUCCAAAGGUUCUAGUCUUUAAAUAAAUGGUAAAGAGGCAUA